AUGGCUACUUUGUACGAGGAGAAUACAAAAUUCCCAAGUGUCGACCUGGGCUAUGCUCGAUAUCAGCCCGACUACCAUGAAUCUGGCGGUUAUUACGACUUCCAGAACAUUCGUUAUGCCGCACCGCCUACCGGCAAUCGCCGCUUUCAGCCACCGGUGCCUGUCUCCCAGGCAGAAGACCACGAACUGCGAGCUCCCGAGACCACGACGCCGCCUCAAGCUGUUCCUGCGUGGGUGAGAGGCACCGAGGACUGGUCUGAUAGGGGCACCGAGGACUGCUGUAAAGUGCCCGUGCUUGUGUGGUUGUAUGGUGGCGGCUACACUGCGGGAUCGAAAGAGUUAUUUGGCAGCGGAGCCGGACUGCUUGCUCGUGCAGCUAAGCCCAUGAUAUAUGUUGCCUUGAACUAUCGACUAGGGAUCUUCGGCUUCUUGGGGGGACCAGAUUACAUCGACCAGGGCGGUACAUCGAAUCUCGGAUUACUUGACCAAAGGUUUGGACUAGAAUGGGUCCAGGAGCACAUAUCACUGUUCGGUGGCGACCCAGAUGAAGUGACGGUAAUGGGUCAGUCCGCCGGAGGUGGCUCGAUUCUUCAUCAAAUCACAGCAUAUGGCGGCUCGCAGGGACCAUCUCCUUUCAAGCGAGCUGUACUACAGAGUCCAGGCUUCUAUCCGAUCACGAGUCCAGAGGUCAUGAAUCGAGACUUCCGUUGUCUGUUAGAACAUGCGAAAUGCGAGUCUCUGGAAGAACUGAAGAUGCUGUCAGGGCAGGAGUUGAAAGUCGCGAAUCUUGCUGUCAUCGAUACUGCUCCUUACGGGCAGUUCUUGCUUGGUCCUGUCGUAGACGGCACAUUCGUGCCGGAUCUGCCAGGACGACUUCUACUUGACGGUCAAUUCGACAAGGACCUCGAUAUCAUGCUUGGGCAGUGCUUCAACGAGGGCGGCGACUAUGUAGAGCCUGUCGAUAUCUCAGAAGACUACAUGUCCAAGUAUCUGGACCGAACGUUCUCAAGCAUAAGCUUGGACACGAAGAACCACAUCAUGUCCGAUCUAUAUCCUCCUGCAGAUGGUUCGAACGAACAAGCGUUGGCCUUGCGCGGUCAUUUAGGAUUCUCGAGCAUGGCGCCAUUCUAUUCGACACCGACAGCACGCCUGCAGCGGCUCAUCAGUGACGCCGUGUACAUCCAGCACAAUAACGCGCUAUCGCAAGCUUUUCGGGAGCAGAACUUCAACUACCUCUGGAGUGCAAGUGAGGGAAGACAUGGAGCAGACCUAGCUUAUACAUUCUACGCCGAAGACGAACCGCCCAUACCAGUUCUGCCGCCGGUCAAAUCCCAAUAUCUGGCGCACGCUCUGCAGAAGUAUAUCACAAAUUUUGUGAUAUCUGGUGAUCCCAAUGGGGAGAACGAUGACGGACUCCCCACAAUGGAGAGGCGAGGUCAGAAUGGACUCGUGCUUGAGAUUAGAGACGAUGGAUUCAAGCAGACUUCUGAUCCCAGCGACAAGGAGCAAUGUGCUUGGUGGCAGCAGAAUCCGCUUUGGGAGACCCCUGUACCAGCUACGGAACAGCGGUAG